UUUGAGGCAGAAAGUAAAAAUGAGUGUUGGCAAUGCCAACUGUCCACUAAGGAAAAAGAGGCGAGUGAUGAUGAAAAUGAAAGGGUGGAGGAUUAGGACUGAGUUGGCUAUACACACUACACAACAACAAGGGCUUUGAUCAGAACACAGCAGAAGCGAAGAUGAACAGAACUGAGCCAUUUAAUGAGAGGUCCAUUUACUACUAUACUACCAUACUAUAGCAUAGUAUGUAUAGAAGUUCGCGUUAUUGAAGGGAUGCAAAAGAGAAAGCUGAAGUGUCAGUUUUGGCGUGCACAACUCAGCAACUUGCACCCCCAGAAAUUGAAUCGUGUCUACACACUUUCUCACCUAAAAUCAAAGACCAAAAUGCAUUAGGAAAAGUGUAACAAAGUGGCAAUGUUCAAGGCUGCUAGACUCAACACAACCUUUGUUUCUUAACACUUUGGCAUUUUCUGUACUAUGAGUUACACAUGAGAAAAAGAAACCGCUUCACCUCAGUCUCUGCUUGAUUGUUCUUUUUCUUUUUACUUUUUUCCUUUUUUUUGUGUUUUAUCCCUUCAGCUUCUGGCUUCCGUGUCUGUGUUGAAAGUUGGAACUUGAAACUCAGUUUGGUGCUCCUGACUCCAUACACAAACAAACACACUGUCAUGCACAGCAACAACAGCUAUUGCACUGCACCAUUUGUCUUGUCCAUCUUCUAUUGAACUCCCACUGUGCGUGAGUCUCUUGCCACUGUGAUUCUGGUUUGCAGGUUUUCAAACUUCAACCAUAUAAAAAAGGAAAAAAAAAAGAAAGAAAACAAAACAAAACAAAAAGCAUUACAAGUAUAGAUUUAGAUAUAUCAAUUGAUGUUGGAUUUGGAACUUGGAGCUUUAAGGGCACUAGAGAUGUCGUUGGUGUGAAUCUUUAUUGGCUUUUAAAAAACAAGAAACAGAAAGUGAAAGAUAAAGAAAUAUGGGAAAGUGAGGUGGAGUCAGAUUUGUGUCUCUGGUUUGAUAAUUGUUUAGUGUUAACACUCUGUUGGCUGUGUCCCCUGAGCUGACUCGGUGCGCCCGGGCUCCGUGGGCUUUGCCGCCGACCAAGGAAACAGUCUCUUGGUGGAGUCUCUUCCCAUUUAAGAGAACCUUUGCUUAAAAAAUUGGACUCUCUCAUCUCUCUCAUUAUUCAUUCACCUUCUGCCUUGUUUGCUGGAUGUUUUAUUGGGGCUAUCUAUGAUUUAUUGGAUUUGGAGAUCAGCUACUGAGUAGUGGUGAAAUCUGUUUUUUGUUGUUUCAAUCGAGUCAGCCUCAGCUGAGAGGAAGCAGAUCUUAUACUGUCAAGAUGAAGUUCAUGAAGCUUGGAUCCAAGCCUGAUACCUUUCAGACUGAUGGGAACAAUGUUAGGUAUGUGGCAAGUGAGUUGGCGUCAGAUAUUGUUGUUAGUGUAGGAGACAUCAAGUUUUAUUUGCAUAAGUUUCCUCUCCUUUCAAAGAGUUCACACUUACAGACAUUGAUCUCCCUCAACAACGAAGAAAAUUUAGAUGAAAUUCAGAUUUCUGACAUUCCCGGUGGUGCAACUACUUUUGAAAUAUGUGCUAAGUUUUGCUAUGGUAUGACCGUUACCCUCAAUGCCUACAAUGUAAUAGCAACUCGGUGUGCAGCAGAGUAUCUUGGAAUGCAUGAGACCAUUGAGAAAGGAAACCUCGUUUACAAGAUUGAUGUUUUCCUUAGCUCUAGCAUUUUCCGUAGUUGGAAGGAUUCAAUCAUCCUUCUUCAGACUUCAAAGUCUAUGUUACCCUUGGUUGAGGACCUAAAGGUAGUCAGUCAUUGCGUUGAUUCCAUUGCAAAUAAGGCAUGUGUUGAUGUAUCCAAAGUUGACUGGUCCUACACCUAUAACCGGAGGAAGCUUCCAGAGGAAAAUGGGAUCGAGUCAAACCAGAAUGGACUCAGAACAAGACUGGUGCCAAAAGACUGGUGGGUAGAAGAUUUAUGCGAGCUUGAAGUUGAUCUAUACAAGUCUGUGAUUUCAAAUAUUAAAUCCAAGGCAUUUCAAUCCAAUGAAGUAAUUGGUGAAGCUUUGAAAGCGUAUGCUUACAGAAGAUUGCCAAAUUUCAGCAAGGGUAUGAUCCAGUGUGGGGAUGUGUCAAAGCAUCGUGUAAUAGUUGAAACUAUUGUGUGGUUGUUGCCUACUGAGAAAGGCAGUGUUCCUUGUAGGUUCUUACUCAAGUUGUUGAAAGCUGCCAUUUUUGUAGAAUCAGGAGAUAGAACUAAAGAAGAGCUGGUAAAGAGAAUUGGGCAACAGCUGGAGGAGGCUUCUGUAAGUGAUAUUUUGAUUCAAGCACCAGAUGGGGAUGCUAAAAUGUAUGAUGUUAGUAUAGUACAAAACAUUGUUACAGAGUUUUUUACGAAAGAUUACAAUGUUGAGAUUGAAUCAGUUGCGGGUGGUGAACUUGAGGGAACAAGAAAACCGGGGAUUUUAUCAGAUGCUUCCAAGCUGAUGGUUGCAAAACUGAUAGAUGGAUACCUUGCUGAAAUUGCAAAAGAUCCCAAUUUACCUUUGUCUGAUUUUGUUAAUCUUGCUGAGUUAGUGUCUAGCAUCUCUCGUCCAGCUCAUGAUGGCCUUUACAGGGCUAUUGAUACAUAUCUGAAGGAGCAUCCUGGGAUCAGCAAAGGCGAAAAGAAGAGGAUAUGCAAGCUGAUGGAUUGUAGAAAGCUAUCAGUUGACGCAUGCUUGCAUGCAGUGCAAAACGAGAGACUACCAUUGCGUGUAGUUGUGCAGGUACUAUAUUUUGAGCAGUUAAGAACUUCUGCAUCAUCCGGCACUAGCACUCCUGACAUACCUAAAGGAAUCAAAGACUUGAACAAUGAAUCCAAUGGAAGCUCAAGGUCAGGGACAACUAACCCAGAAGACGAGUUGGAUGCUGUGGCCACAGCUGAGGAACUGAAAGCAUUAAGAAAGGAACUUGCAUCAUUGAGGCUGAGCAAUGGAGUUGGAAACAAUGACAAAGAUGGAGAUAUCAAACCCAGCAUGGACAAAGCUGUCAUUGGCAAGGUGAAAGGGUUGCUCAAGUCAAAAAGGUCUUUCAUAAAGCUUUGGGCUAGCAAAGGGGGUCAAGGGGAAAAUAGUGGCUCAGACUCGUCAGAGAGUAUUAGUUCUGCUAACCCAGAAGAAGCAAAAUCUACUCCUUCCAGAAAUAGGAGACAUUCAGUUUCCUGAGAGUAGUUUGGUUCGUUUUGUGGGCUUUUCUAUUAUUGCUUCUUUUCUUUCUUUCUUUUUAUUACUAGUUCACUAUGACAAGAUUCCAACACCAGUGGUUAAUAUCUUCUAUAUUGAGUAGAGUACAUAUAGUUUAAAAUAGUUGAGUUGUGAAGAAUGGAAAUCAUGUAAUCAAAACAUCUAUCCUAUCAAUAGUUUUUAAGCUGCCCUUCGCACUACCUUGAGAUUGAAAUAUCCCAA